AUGGAGAGAAUGGAGUCACCUUUACUGACCUGCCAUUUGGAAGCUAUGGGCUACCGUGACAACACCUUUAAGGUUGGCCCACUCGGUACCUCUGGCACUGAGAAGGACAACAAGAUCGACCCAGCCACCGGAAAGUACUGCUUUGAGUACAACGCCCAAACACUCAACGACAAAGGAUUCAUGGUUGUCCAAGUAGGAUAUGUUUCAACUGUCAAGCCCAAGAUCCACCUCUACGCUUUUGAGGACCACAACAAGGAUGGUACACAGAACAACAAGGAUCAGUUCGCCUUUGGAGGUCGCGCUGCUGGUGUCACCUUUGAGAACCUUGACUAUGGCGACUACUGUUUCCACACCGACUACAGGAAUUCCAACUACAAGGUCGGUCCACUCGGAACCACCGGCACCGUAAAUGACAACAAGAUCGAUCCCACCAGCAACACCUACUGCUUCACAUUCAAUGACAAGUCACACAAUGACAAGGUAGAGAUGAUCGUCCAAGUUGGAUUUGUCCGUACCACCAAACCAUCAGUGUGGCUCUACGCCUUUGAGGACCACAACAAGGACGGCAUCCAGAACAACAAGGAUCAGAAUGCCUUUGGCGGUCGUGGCAACUUGACAAAGGCUGAUGGCACCGUCGUUCAAACAUUCUCUUCGACCAAUGGAAACAAGGGUGUCCACUUCACUGACCUUGAUGAUGGAGAGUAUUGUCUCAACGUUGACUACAAGAAUGACAACUACAAGGUUGGUCCACUCGGCACCAGCGGAGCCAAGAUCAACAACAUCGACCCUGCCACCAACAAGCAUUGCUUCACCAUCAAUGAGGAAUCUCCAACAAACGACAAGGGCGAGCUUUUGUUCCAUGUUGGAUUCGUGAAAAUUGUAAAGCCCAGGUUGAAUCCAACAAGAAUGGAGAGGACAAUACCGUCCUUUGACUCGACCAACGGUGCGAAUGGAGUUGACUUUGGAACUUUGGACGAUGGUGACUACUGUCUCAACGUUGACUACAAGAACAAUCUCUACAAGAUUGGACCACUUGGAACCACUGGCACCAACAAGGACAACAAGAUCGAUCCCACCACCAACAAGUACUGCUUCACCAUAAACGAGGGAACCAAUGUCAACUCCAAGGGUGAAGUGAUCGUCAGAGUUGGUAUUGAGCCCAUCGUCCCAAUCAAGUUGAAGCUCUUCUCCUUCUGGGACAAGAACAGAAAUGGAGUCAUGGACACUGGGGAUGAGUACAUCAGUAAAGCUCUUGGAAAUCUGACAACGGAUGGUGCUGUGGUCAAGUCCUUCACUGACUCUGGUGGUAACUCGGGUGUUACCUACAGUGGAUUGGAUGAGAAUGGUGAAUACUGCCUAACAAUGGGCUAUUACAACGCUACCUUGGACAUUGGACCACUUGGCACCACAGGAACUGACAAGGACAACAAGAUUGAUCUUCUUGAACGAUCAAAAUGUGAACGACAAGAACGAGCUGAUCAUCUAUGCUGGCUACGCAAAUCCUGA